AUGGCGGCGGAUUCAAUGCUCAACUGUGACAAUCCGGCAGAAGUCCCCACGUUCGGAGUUAACCAGGAAUGUCUAGCAAUAUUAGUACAAGUGAACGACAGCGACUCUCUUCGGCCAUUCGGGGGGAUGCCAGGAUUAAUGGCAGCAUUAGAAACUAAUGCAGAAACAGGAAUAAGCGGGGAUGCCGGAGAUCUUUGCCGCCGCCACAAAGCAUUUGGCUCCAACUUAUACUUGGAGGAGCAGACGCGUCCCGUGGUGGUAGAUGGCUUCUUUCGGUUGGCUUUGCAAGGUUUUAAAGAUACGACAAUUAUUCUUCUUUUGUGUUGUGCUCUACUGUCUGCUGUAAUCGGAAUCAAGAGAAACGGGCCCGUUGAAGGGCUUAGGGAUGGAGUAAUAGUAGUUUCAGUCAUCUUCUUUGCCCUCUAUUUUGGUCUUCUCUGUAGAUUUAUCAAGUCCAGAAUAAGACGAAGGAGAUUGUUAAAGAAUAAAAUACAUGUUCGUGUUGUACGACACGGGAAAAUGACACAAUUUUCGGAUUCUGAAGUUGUGGUCGGUGAUAUUGUGUGCUUACAAGCUGGUAAUCAGGUCCCUGCUGAUGGAUUAUUCAUAGAAGGGAACUCUUCAUUUAAGCUCGAUGAUGAUUUUCUCCAUGGCGAUUCCAGUUAUUACAAAAAUCCUUCUCUUUUUACUGGUGCUAAAGUGAAGGAAGGCAACUGCCAAAUGCUUGUGCUAUCAGUCGGCAAGAACACGGAAAGAAGUCGGAUGAUGAGAUCACUCAGCAGUACUCAGAAAAUUGAUAACCAAGAAUCCAAACUGCAAAUCUCAAUUGAUAAUACCAGCUCCCGUCUGGAGAAAAUUUGGCUGAGUCUUUCGUUAUUCAUUCUUGUAGUCCAGCUAUUCCGAUGUUUCCUGUAUGUAUGUGAUGAUAGUUACAACCCAGAUCCAAAGGGUGUGAAGAACUCAGUAGAGGAUUUGGUGAAUGGAUACGCAAAGCGGAUGAAGAAGCAAGGCACCAAAGCUAGUGGAUUGGUUGCUGUUCUUAGCAUCUUACUCUUCGCUUUGAGAGACGGGUUGCCAUUAGGUAUUUUCGUCUCUUUUGUUUAUGCAUCGAAUAAAAUGAAGUCCCACGGGGCAAUAGUUCGAAGACUUCCAUCCUGUGCUACAAUCGGCUUAGUCACCACAAUCUGCACUGGCAUAACCAAUGAUCUCGCCUUGCACCAUUCAAGGAUGGCCGAUUUGUGGAUUGGUUUCGAUUCUAUUAAGGAUGUCUCGAGAGAAGUAGCUGGAGAAGUCCUUCAAAUUCUGCAAGAUGGAUUUUGUGCAUAUGCUUCUUGCAAUGGCCAAGAAAACGCUCUUUGCUAUUGGGCUCAUCAGAUGCUUGAUAUUGAUAUGUUUGAAUUCAAUACUUCUUGUGCCGUCCUUGAUAUUAAUAAAUCUCCUGAUCUCAACAAGAAUUCUUGUGGUUUGGUGCUAAAGAAACAUAAAGAGGCAGGCAGAGUUUUGCACAUUCAUUGCAAUGGAGAAUUUGAAAAAAUGCUAUCCAUGUGCUCUCAUUAUUGUAAGGGGGAUGGAACAAUGCAAACCUUAGAUGAAGAUAAAAAAGAUUUGUUGAAUAGAGAAUUUCAGAAAAUUGCAUCCAAUUGUCUCCAGGUCCUGGCUUUUGCUUAUAAAGAAAUAAACCGGGAAGAAGAGAAUGGCGAGAUUGAAGAAGAUGAUGCUGAUGAUAAUGAAGAAACCCUAAAACUCUUGGAACAUGGGUUAAUCUUUUUAGCCCUUGUGAGCUUGAAGAAUCCAUAUGCACCUGAGAUGAGACAAGCAAUUCAAGAUUGUCGAGCUUCUGGUGUCGCUUUCAAGUUAGUCGUUGAUACAGACGUAACCACAGCAAGAAUCAUCGCUCUUUAUUCUGGAAUUUUAAGGCCCGAAGAAGAUAUUGAAGGAGCUAUAACUGAAGCAUCUGAUUUCCUCAAGAAAGACCAAGAAGAACGCCUGAAGACAAUAGAAAACAUCCAUGUGAUUGCCAAUACCUUUCCUACCGACAGACUACAGUUUGUACAGUGCCUAAAACAAAAAAAUAAGGUCGUAGCACUCGCUGGUUCGUGUAUUAGAGAUUGUCCAUCUCUAAUAGAAGCUGAUGUUGGGAUUUUCAUGGGCAGCCUGCGUGGAGCCGAAGACGCAGAUAUUGUUGUCUUGAACCAGAAUAUUUCGCCAAUCUUUACCAUCAUAAAAUUGGGAAGGUUCGUACAAGAAAGCAUUAAAAAGUUCACGCAAUUGCAAUUGACUCUCAAUAUUACUGCCUUCACUGUCAACUUCGUCUUUGUAAUAGCUAGGAGAGAGGUGCAAAUUUUGCCAUUUCAAGUCCUGUGGAUAAAUGUAAUUAUGGAUGUUCUUGGCGCCCUUGCUUUGGCGAUAAGAAUAGUAGAACUGCAGGGAGAAUCCGGUGUUCGGGAUGCCGGUGAUCCAAUCAUGAACAGGACCAUGUGGAGAAACGUAGCAGUUCAAUCCUUAUUCCAAAUCACAAUUUUAAUCUUCUUACAGUUGAAAGGAACUCAUUUUUUUCACGAAGCCCACAAAACAGUCCUGAAAUCCAUGAUCAACUGCUGUUAUGUCUUCUGUCAAAUUUUCGGUUUGAUCACAGCCAUGAUAAUGUUCAAGAAAAAAACUAGUAUGACUGAGGAAUUGUUUGCGUAUAGAAAAUGUUUACUCAUAAUUCUUGGUAUUGUGGGGAUCAUUGUUGUUCUUGAGGUGGGAUUACUUGAGAUCAUGGCCACUGUUGCUCACUGGGGAAAAUUAAACUCCAAAGAAUGGUGCUUUUGUAUUGGAAUUGCAGCACUCUCAGUUCCUAUAGUCUGUGCAGCAAAUUGA